AACAAUUUAGUUUAUUUUAUCCCAGUAUUUACAACAAAAUACAAGUUUUAAAAAUGUAAUCAUAUACUCUUCACAAAUUGAUGUACAUCGCCGUCUUCUGUAUCAAUCAUGUACAUUUAAAUACCGUAGCUUUUAUACAAUUUAUUACAUGUGUGCGAAUACAUACAUUUUCCUUUUGCUGUCUGACAGCAACAAACUUGGAUAUUACUGCUCCGAUUUCAUCCAGGGCAGUUUCAGAAAACACACAGUCGUUAAAUCAUCGUCCAUUGUUUAUGUUUUUAAGUAAUAAAGCAUUUGAACAAGUCAAUGUCCUGUUAUAAAAAGUGUAUUUUCGCUUUUAGUGACGCACAAGCCGGUCUCUAAUCUUGAAGCUGAUUAUGCCCAGCAGUAGCAGCGCAGGGAGGAACGAGUAGAGGAGCAGGAAGUCUUGUGUGUAGCGGGACAGAGCUCCAGGGUAACCUUCUUCAAUGACCUGGUUUCCGUUGGUGAUCAAGCAACCCCCCGAUCAGUCAUGAGAUGCAGGCGUCUUACUGCAGGUGAAUUCAAGUUGGUGGAAUUCAGUGACGAUGAGCAGCUCGCAGCUGUACUUCUGGAAAGUCAGGUAGCUCAGCCACUGGAACAGCGUGGGCAUCUGCUGGGUGCUUCUGUGGACGGAGACAGCCGGGUGUGUUUAGGACACAAGAUCAUUGAAGACAGAUUGGUGGAAAAGCAAAGUCAUUCUUGUGAGUCAUACAUCCGAGUUAAUUCAGUUGUAUUCACUUCUGUUGCUUUUCCACCUGACUGCAACCUUUCAAAUUAGUUUUAUUUCGUCUCUUUGAAAUUAUAUUGUAUUACGAUUUACAAUACCAUGUGUUGUACCAUUAUUUUUUUAAACAAACACAUUUUUCCAUUGGAGGAUACUUUUUAACUUAAUAUUCUUUCUAUUUUAUCGUGAAAAUGUUUCCUGUUAAUUAAUAAUUUACAUAAUAUAAUUAAUUUAUACUUGAAUUUAUACUCACUUACGUGAUCAACAACCUAUUUUACGGUUCUGCUGAUAAAAUUGGGUGACCACCUUUUUCGUCUUACUCAGUUGUUUCAAAUCAUAAAAGUGUCCUUGAACAUGUGAAACUUUGCUUCUUUGUCAAGCUAAUUAUUCGUAGUCUCUCACCUCAAGAAACCAGAGCCCACAAGGAUCCCAGCAAUGUUGAGCAAAGCCACGCCGGUGUUCACCAUGUUUGGGUCCUGGACCACACCAAGCAGCACGACAGUCAGCAACUCGCCUGAACGCAAGCACAUAAAUAGGAAUAAACACAGGGAUACAAAACAGUGGUAUAUGAUAACAGACAAGAUAACUAUUCAAUAAAGCUUAUUUAUGUUGUAGUCAAGUAAUGGACAACAAGGUGUAAUGACACAGUCAAAAAGAUAUUCUUGUGAUCAGUAAUUGUGCUCUUAUUUUAUCAAAUGAUAUUCACUUCAGUUUACCUAUUUGACUCAGGAAAUCAUAAUGGACUCAUUAAGGUACUCAAAAAAAUACGACAAUCUGUCUGGGAAAACAAAAUAAAGGGGCAGAAAUGAAAAUAACAGUUUUUCUCAGCUCCUUUUCGAUCUCUCAGGUCUACUACUACUCAAUUUUGAACAUGUGAGUUUUGAAAUGUGAUUUAAAGGUGGAUAACGGGGUCAUAGAUCAAUUCAGAUGUUCAUUACCACGUACUACAUUCAUAUAAUGUGAUAUAUAUGAGACCUGUUUGACUAAAUAUAGCCGAGACAAUGUUGUGUUUUUGCAGUUAUAUAAUUUAGCAGCAUAUAUUUUAGAACACAGCUCAGGUUUGUACUUUGAAAUUGUCGUUUCAUUUUAGCCUACCGAUGAUGUGAGGAACCAUGACCACAGCAGAGAAACACAGGAAGCGCAUGCUGUCAGGAUACAUGCCCACCGUCCUGCAGGAAAGCAUAGGGUCAAAUCAGUCUGGCAAUAGUUCUUGAGCAUCUAUGUCAUACACUUUCCAUUUAUAUGUUUUUUAUUUUGUGUAAUUAUACUUAAAUAAUGAUCAUAAAGUUCACAGUAGACACAGUAGAAGAAACAUUAAGUCAUAUUUUUCAUUUCUUUUUUAUUCAAAAGAGACGUCUACACACCAUGGCAACAGGAGCCCUGAUAAUUGGUGAUCGAAUGCAGCAGUACAUUGAUGUAUUGUAGCUUCAAAUAAUCUUCUGUUGUAGAUCUGUUGUAGCUGUGACAUGGUCAAUACACUUCCAGGGUCAUAAGCAGGUGCACCGUGAAAACCCAUGAUUGACUCACCAGUAAAGGAAGGAGCUGAAAAUGAAGACGCUGAGUACACUGAAGGGCAGGAUGUGGACAAUCACGUACCCUGAAGAGCUCCGAGCGUGGCUGGUGAAUGGUCACAAUAACAAUGCGAUUUCUUCGAGCCAGCUCGGCCAGCAGCAUCACGAUCUGAUUGGCUGUCAUGCUGUCCAGUCCGGUGGUGGGCUCGUCCAACAAAAUGACCUCUGUGGAGAAAGCAUCUUGCUCAAGGCUCCGCCCUCCUCCAGGUUUGUCACACUCUUUUGGUUUUUUCAAGAUGGAAAGUUUCUCUUUCUUUAAAUAGGUUGACUCUCACUGGAGUCAAGUCUACUUGUGAACUUCAGCAGUUUCGAAGCGAAUGAGUGUAAUUAGGGCAAAGAUGGCCUCUUUCCUUCAGGAAAGUAGAGUGAAAUUAACAUAUUCUUUAAUUGUGAGAUUAAUUCAUUUCCUGCUUGAUUGAAGAUGCAGUGAAUGGGAACUCCUCAUUACGCUGCCAGCCACUCGAGGUGUGUGUGGCCACUCUAAUCCUGAAUGAGGAUGGAGACCCCUCGUGGUCCCUGGAGCAGCCGGGACUCUGAUAAACCACAGCAUGGAUAUGUGGUGUGUGGGUGUGUGCGCAUCACAGGGAGGUCCAACACGUGACACGACAGCUUAUUAUCCAGGUGGCAUCAACAGCACGAUGAUGUACUCACUGGGGUCCUGGAGGAGCUGGCUGGCGAUGGAAACUCUCCUUCGCUCACCCCCAGAGAUCCCGGGGAAAACCCGGCCCCCAAUCACACUGUGGGCGACGUGAGUGAGACUCAACUCGGCCAUCACUGCCGACACCUGCGGAGGAGACCAGGUGGUUUCAUCCACGCUCCAUGACAGGGGUGAUUCUCCAAGUAACUGGUAGUGUCUUAGAAGAUGAUGGUUUCUUUACAAACGGUGAAGCUGCUGCUCUACACCGAGUCUCUGGCCGAGCACAUCACCUUGCACAAGCUCCUUGUUCACACCUGAGUUCCCCAGGAUCCCCAUAAUCUGCCCGCUGUCUAUGUGGAAGGAAACAUCAUUGAGGAUCUGACGGGUCCAUCUCUUCCUGUAGGAGUUUAAGUCCCACCACGGACCCACGCUCUCACUGGAACACACAUGGGAGACGAUGGUGUUUACCUGACGGUGUAGUUGAUCUUGCUGACACUGAGGCAGCACGAAGGCUCGGCUCUGUCUGCGCCACCACCUCUCCAAACAUCCUUCUUCUCCCCGAAGUUAAAGGAGCUUCGGUCUUCUGAGCCAAACUGCGGCUCCAUGUCCUGCAUCGGGGAACUCAUGUUCUCCUCUCCAGGUCUGGACCUGCUCUGCUCUUUUGGAGAAAUCUGAGCGCAAGUCUUAAGGUAAUUCCACAGUGCUGCUGUCCGGCGCAGCUGUGGAAGAGCGCUGGUCACUGAAUGCACCCAUAAACACACACACAGAUUGUGGUGUUAUCUUUGAGAACUUUGACCUGGAGUUAUGGCUCACGGCCAUCUCCUUAAACUCGGACUUCAAAUUCUGACUUGCAACCGGAAACAUUGCUGAGCGGCAGCACACAUGGAGCCGUGACAUGACAUGAGACUUGAGAGAUCGCAGAGCUUCUUCAGCUGGAUUGAAGGCAAAGUACAGAGCAGAAGAGAAGACAACUGAAGAAGACGUCAACGGAAUCCCAGCAGCACCAUGAUGGAGGAAGCAAACAUGACAGACAUGAACAACAUGGAUCAGCAUCCAAACAGCGAGCUGUUCUCCACGGAGGAAGACAGCAGUCUCUACUUCACUUACAGCGGUGGGUGCAACGAGCUGGAGGUCAAUAACCUGCAGUAUGAGGUGGACACGGCGGCUCAGAUCCCCUGGUACGAGAGGCUGUCAGAGUUCAAGCUGCCGUGGGAGAUGAAAGGGGACAAACAGAUGGCCAUAAAUAAGCUGAGCCUCAGAGUCCACAGUGGUCAGAUGCUGGCUAUCAUCGGCAGCUCAGGCUGUGGUAAAACCUCUCUGCUGGACAUCAUCACAUGUCGGAACGAAGGUGGAAGGAUGAAGUCGGGGGAGAUUCUCAUCAAUGGGAAGCCCAACACGCCACAGCUGGUGACCAAGAGCAUCGCUCACGUUCGCCAAGAUGACCGGCUGCUCCCACACCUCACCGUCCGCGAGACACUCUCUUUUGUGGCCAAGCUGCGGCUCCCGACCCACUACUCUCAGGCUCAAAGGGACCAGAGGGUGGAUGAUGUCAUAGCUGAGCUACGGCUGCGACAGUGCGCCCAGACCCGGGUGGGAAACGACUACGUGAGGGGCGUGUCUGGAGGAGAGAGGAGGCGAGUCAGCAUCGCAGUCCAGUUGCUUUGGAACCCUGGGAUCUUGAUCCUGGACGAGCCCACUUCCGGGCUCGACAGCUUCACCGCACAUAAUCUGGUGAUCACUUUGUCCCGCUUGGCCCGAGGGAACCGGCUGGUCCUGCUCUCGGUCCACCAACCCCGAUCGGACAUCUUCCAGCUCUUCGACCUGGUGGUGCUGAUGUCAUCCGGUUCUGCCGUGUACUGCGGGGCGGCGCGGGACAUGGUGCCGUACUUCACCAGCCUGGGCUACCCCUGCCCCCGCUACUGCAACCCUUCGGACUUCUACGUCGAUCUGAUCAGUGUGGACCGACGCUCUCCGGAGCAGGAGGCCGAGUGUCUGGAGCGGGCCAGAGUCCUCGCCGAGCAGUUCAGAGAGAAAGUCCGCGACACUGACGAUCACAUGUGGAAACCAUCGGCAGGCAAUGUGCUGACGUCAGCUGACAGCUCUGCACAAACCAACGCGCCGGAGAACGUCGUAACGAUUUCGAGGGAGAAAGACAAACUGCCGGGGAAGCUGCAUCAGUUCACCAUUCUCAUCAGGCGUCACAUGUACAACGACUACAGAGAUCUGGUGACCAUCCUGGUCCACGGCUUGGAGGCUCUGCUCAUGUCCCUGCUGGUCGGGUGCCUGUACUACGGAGCUGGGGACGCUGUGCUGUCCAUCCAGGACACGGUGGCUCUGCUGUACAUGAUCGGAGCGCUGACACCAUUCGCUGUGGUGCUGGACGUCAUAGCCAAGUGUCACACCGAGAGGGCGAUGCUGUACCACGAGCUGGAGGACGGCAUGUACUCGGUCACCUCCUACUUCUUCGCCAAGAUCCUGGGGGAGCUACCUGAACACUGCGUCUUCACGCUGGUCUACGCUCUCCCCAUCUACUGGCUGGCCGGCCUGAACGAGGCGCCGGAUCGAUUCCUGCUCAACUUCCUGCUGGUGUGGCUGAUGGUCUACUGCAGCCGGGCCAUGGCUCUGUUCGUGGCGGCCGCGCUGCCCACCCUGCAGACCUCCGCCUUCAUGGGCAACUCGCUGUUCACCGUCUUCUACCUGACCGGAGGCUUUGUCAUCAGCCUGGAGAACAUGUGGCUCGUGGCCUCCUGGCUCUCCUACGCCUCCUUCAUGCGCUGGGGUUUCGAGGGCAUGCUGCAGGUCCAGUUCAGAGGAAACAUGUACGACAUCCCCAUCGGGAACCUCACCAUCCAGAUCGACGGCAUCCACGUGGUGGAGGCCAUGAAGCUAAACCAGCACCCGCUCUACUCCUGCUACCUGGUGCUGCUGGCUGUGUGCCUGGGCUUCAUGGGACUCUACUUCCUCUGUCUGAAGUUCAUCAAGCAGAAGUCCAGUCAGGACUGGUGACCAGGCUCGAGCUCGACUGGAUCGACUCGGAGCCUCUAGGUGUUUGAGCUCAGUGAAACGCUGGCUUCAACUCAUCGUAUCGUCACGUUUAAAUACUUCCUAAUGACAUUGAGCUUUUUAAGUAUAAACCUUAGCUGAGAGCUUCAUCCCACCUCUAUGUCUACAGACUUCAAUGAUGAGAAAAUGUGUCAGUUAGAAAAUUCAUGCUUUAAUUUUAUGAUAUUUGCCCUCACAUUUACGUUUUUUACUCACGUGUUUUUAUUCUUAUAUUUACACAUUUCAGAAUCACUUUUUCUUUAAUCCCCUUCUUGUUAUGCCCCCUGUAUUUCGCUUUAUUUUCUUGAUAUAAAUCGCGGGCUGGUCCCUCAUGAACGCGCUUGUAAAUGCUAUGUUAAUGCCUGCCGCUGGGUGGCAGCAGAACGCCGCACAAAAAACAAAAAAAUUAUAAUCUCGUCUUCGCGCGCUGUAGGCGUCACGUGACAAAAGCGCCACUUUGGCGGCCCUCCAUCAGCAGCUUUCUGAUUUCAAUCUUCUUUUCUCUUCUCCAGAUUUAUCUCUUGUUCGGUGAGGAUAUUAAGCUUAAUAGUUUGUGCGCUAAAAAAAAGGAGGGUGUGGGGAAAUCCUCGAAGAUAUUCGGUGAUGCUCAUCAAGAAAAAAAAAAAAAAAAAAAGGUUGUGUUCGUGUCGUAAAAGAUUAAAGAUGGUGUGAUGUUCGUGUUUUUGCGCUGGUGCAAAAACAAAGCCUGAUAGAUGAUAAUAUUGUUAGAAUGUCGAUCUGAACAAAGAAAUAAACAUUCCUCAAAACCGUUUUGUCUGAAUAUUUCAGGACUUAAACUCAUGUCAUGACCGAGAGUGACGUCACCACUGACGGAUGAAGAAAGUUUUGAUCGUGAAUGAACGAUGCAAUAUUUUUAAAGUUUGUGUGUUCUCCCCAACGGUAAUAUGCCUGCCU